AUGGUGCUCGAGACUGAUACCGUCACCGUCGCCGACCCAUCGCACACGACACUACCUCCAGGCAUCGACGAGGACGACGAGCUCCGGGCCCCUCUUCUCGGUGCACUUCCCGAGCCUCAGCCUAUCCAUCUUGCUCUCCCCAUCUCGCUGCCUACGGCCUUCCCCCUCCCGGCGUUCUCCGCGGUCAACCCGCGCUUCACGACGUUCACGCUUCCACCCAAGUACGAUGGACUCCGGCCACUCACCAAGCUUUGGCUCCAGAGCCGUGUGAUCGCCGUUGAAUCCGACUCGGACGACGACAGUGCCAGCGGUAGCGAUGGCGAGGCGGGCGAGAUUGAUGACGAUGACUUUGUCGAUGACUCGUACCGCUACAGCUACGCCUACCAUCGAUUCCGUCGCAUGUCCCAGGGCAGAAGCUCACUGAUCAAUGUCGAAACCGACGACAACCUCACCCUCCGCUUGGCAGGAUGGGCGCGACCCAUCACUCUCACCACCGUCGGGAUCCACAUCGACCUCUGGCGUGCCCUCUGGCCUCGGUGCUUGUCCACCAUCAACAGCAACCGGCAUCUCAUACCACACGUACUCAUGCAUGUCACCAACGUCGUCUUAACCGGUAUCAUGCCUGCCGCAACUGUCUGGGCGUCCGCCAAGCUCAUGGAUCUUGUCGAGGCGGCACUGUCCGGCACGGCUGCUCCAUGGCAAGAGGUGUGCAAGUGGGCCGCGCUCUCGGUUUUCCUGAACGUCGGCGAUGAACUGCGCGACAUGCUCUUCGCCAAGUCUGCCGGUUACCUUCGAGACCAAGUCGUCUUUGGCCUCGAGAAGAUCUACCUCACGGCCAGCCUCGACAAUGCGAUGCAAAUGUCCGACGACCCGCUGUACUCUGCCGUCAUUGUGGAGACUGGCGUCGUUGCGGGCUUCACUGGCAUGCAGGAUUGCUCCAAUCCUCCGUACGGCGCGUGGGGCAUAAUCCAGAUGGCCGGCAGUGCCAUCUCCAGCUCAAUCGAAGUGGCCUCACAGAUAUAUCUCAUGAUGAGGACGCUGGGUGGUGCUAGUGGAAGCGUCGGGCUUGGAACCUAUGCCCUCGCUAACUGGGGCAACGUGGUCCUUAUCGUCCUCUCGUUUGCGCCGUCCGCGCUCGAAAUGUCGUUUGACAAACUGCAUAGCCUGCUCGACCCUACAACGGCGCAGGUCGGUGCGGCUCACAGGCAAGACUGCCACGACAACCAAACGCAAGACGUCCUGGUCGGCUUCACGCGGACGGAGAGACAGCAGGAACUCGUCCUCUUUGGCCUACGUGACUGGGUCAUCGAGCAGUGGGAGUCGGUCAAGCUGCGUCGCAUGGCCUACAACCUCAAACACCUGUACACUCGACUCGACUUUGGCAUCGACCUGUUCAUCCGCAGUGGCGAAACUGCAAUUGAAAAGAUGUUCUACGUUCUCCUUGCGACGCGCCUCAUCCCCACCAACCUCACCCUGGGUGGUAUCCACACACACCAAAGCACUGGCCGCAACCUCCUCUGGUCUGUCCGCCGCAUUCGCGAGAGCUUCCACGCAGUUUUCCAAGUCCCCUUCUUCCUCGCGGCCCUGUUUUCCGCCCAGGACGGCCCCGAGUUCACUGCCGACCGUAUCGACUUUGAGGCCCAUCGUGUACCGCACGGGAUGCGCAUCGAGGCCACCGACUUGUCGUACACAUACCCAGACAAUGACACGCCCGUGGUCAAGAACGUCAACCUCGAGCUGUACCCAGGCGAGACACUCGCCAUCGUCGGAUACAAUGGCAGCGGCAAGACCACGCUCGUCAAGACCCUCCUUGGUCUACACGCAUACACAGGCAGUCUCAAGAUCAACGGCCACGAGGUGCGCGCGUACGACCCCGAGACACUGCACCGCCGCAUGAGCUGUCUGUUCCAAGACUAUGCGCGGUACACUUUCAGCUUGCGCGAAAAUGUCGGCCUCGGUGACAUUUCGCGUAUUGACGACGACGACACGAUCGUGGCCGCUCUGGAGAAGGGCGGCGCCGAGGGAGUCUGGAAGAAGAAUGGGCUGGACUGUAUCUUGCGUCCCAACCCGAGGGCUGGCUGGGAUGUUCCUGCGGUGGCGGAGGAGAAGGAGGGGGCCAAGGAGAAGGAGAAGGAGGAGGAGGAGGAGGAGAAGGAGGAGGAGGAGAAGGAGAAAUCCAUCGAUGAAAAGGCCGCUCCUAGUUCGACCUCUGACGCUGGUACGGGCUCUGAGGGCUCCGAAAUCAAAACCGCUGGCUCUCCUCCGCCCACAACUCCUGCGGAACCCGAUAUCCCCAAGGUCCAAAGCACAUCGCUAUCAGGCGGACAGUGGCAGCGCGUCGCCCUUUCUCGCGCCUUUAUGCGCGCCGACAGCGCCGACCUGGUCGUGUUCGACGAGCCGUCGUCCGCUCUGGACCCACACGCCGAGGCGGAGCUGUUCGACCGUAUCCACGCGCUUUCACAUGCCGGAAACGGUGCGACCACCAUCUUCAUCUCCCACCGCUUCAACACUGUGCGCAAGGCGGACCGGAUCGCGUUCGUUCAAGAUGGGCGAAUCGUCGAACUGGGAACACACGCCGAGCUCAUGGCCCUCGGUGGCAGGUACCACGAGUGCUUCAACCUGCAGCGCAAGGGUUUUGAGGAGGACUAA